UUUUUUUUCUUCUUUUACAUAUAUAUUUUUUUUCUUUCUAAUUUUCCGGAAACAAUGUUGCUUAAAGUGUCAUUCAUUAGUUCACUGCUAUGCUCUUUUGUGUGUGCCAACAUGGCUCCCAAUUAUCCAGAACCAGGCACUGUUUGGAAGACAGGCAAACAAUAUACAAUUACCUGGUUUGAUGAUAAACAAUCACCACAUAUGAAAAAGUCAUGGAAAAAUUUCAAGAUUGAUUUCAUGACGGGUGAUAAUGACAAUCAAAAGUUUCUACAGAAUGUCGCUACGAAUUUGGAUGCUUCUAAAACCAAUUCACUCAACUGGACUGCACCUGAAGUUGAACCUCAUGCACCGGUUUACUUUUUGAUGUUUACCAAUGAAAAAGGUGAGAAUGCUUGGACAACUCGCUUUGGUAUCACUGGACCCGAAGGCAAAUUAGACAAACCAGAACAUUCAACUCAGCCUGACGGUGCUUCUAUUCCUUGGGGUGUUGGUAAAUUAGUAGGCGGAAGUAUCAAUCAACUCACUGUCAAACCGACGGGAACUUAUUCUAUGAACCCUGCAAUGGCCUCUGCAGCUGAAAAGAAUGCCAAGGUUGUUAUUGCUGUUUCUGAAGGUCAAAUCAGUGCUUCUGUGAUUCAUUUACCUUCUCUUUUUAUUGUCUCUGUUGUUACGUUCUGGAUGUCGUUAUUAUUAUUUUAAAUUUUAUUA